GGAGGUGUCUGGGCUCCAGAGGUGGAGGCUGGAGGGGGUGCCGUAUAGGAAUCCUCAUGUACACUUUCUGGUCAAGGGCAGCAAUAAAUUUCAGGGUGUCAGCAAGAUGUUGUCUGGGCAAGGCUUAGGGGAGGGAUCAACUCUGCCACAGGAGGCAAGUAUAAAAGCGUCCCCAGCCAACUGCCAGAUUCAAAACUUCUUUUGCUGAGACAGUAAGGAAGUGGGGAGCCCAGACCAAAUGAGCGGCAACAUGUCUGAGUUACAGCAGCUGAUGCAGAACUCCAUCCCCUGUGCAAGAGGAGUCCUCAAGGAGAACUACAGCAACCUGCUCAAAGUGGCAGAUUACUGCGAGAUCAACUAUGGAGAGGCCCAAGACAAACGGAAAGCCCUAGAGGAGACCAUGGCUUUUGCAACUCAGUCCUUAGCCAGCGUGGCAUACCAAAUCAGCAACCUGGCCAGUGACAUCCUCAAAAUGCUGGACUUGCAGGCUGCUGAAGCACGACAGGUGGAAGCCAAUGUCUGUUCUAUCACACAGGUGGUGGAGAUGCACAAGGAGAAAGUGGCCCGCCGAGAGAUUGGAGCACUUGCUGUUUGCAAGAAGUUUCCACACUACCAGAAAAUCAUCUACCCAAGCUGCCUCAAGCCCCUGGAGGCGUAUUACAGGAAACCACUGAACUUCAACAGUUUGGAUGAAAUUGGUCAUGGGAUAAAGGACCAAAGCACCCAGCUGGCCAAAACAGGGACGCUGUCCCGACGAGGAACUACAUCAACAGCAGGGCAAUCAUCUGGGAGCCUUAGGCGAAGUCACCGGAUUCCAGAGCCAAUACAGCCGCCCGUUGUCCCAGAUGGCAAACGCUCAUCUGCCUCAUCUUUGUCAUUGCUAAGCAGUCCUGUAGAAGCGAUGAACAAGAGCAUUAUGGGCCCACCUACUGAACCACCAACACCUCCUGUGCUCUCACCUUUUCCUCCACCAACAGAGGCAGGUGAUGUUCCUCCUCCUCCUCCAGAAAGUAUUUUGCUAUUUCCACCUUUUGCAAUGAACAACGAACCCCUGCUAAACCUCCCUGGGCCAGAUCAUGAUUUUCCAGCACCGCCACCACUGGAGAUUUCUAGUUUGGCGAAGCCGGGGCCUCCACUCCUGCCCCCUUCACCACCCCCAGAGAAAUUACCAUGGGCCCCAGACACCUAUCUGGAAAAAGUGGUGACCCUCUACCCUUAUGCUCAGCAGCAGGAGAAAGAACUCUCGUUUGCAGAGGGGACUAUUAUUUAUGUGACACGAAGAUACUCGGAUGGCUGGUGUGAGGGGGUGACAAGCGAUGCAGAGGGGUUGUUCCCGGGGAACUAUGUGGAGCCCUUGCAAUGAAGGAAGCUGAAUAGAUAUAUAGAUAUAUAUAUAUAUACACACACAUACACAAUAUUAAAAUGUGAGCUCUGAUAAAUUGGGUGAGGAAGACUGAACACCUUGUUGUUACCUUGGAGAGAGUUCAUAGAAGGAAUCCUGGGUGGUUGUGGUAUAUGUUGCUAUAACAUCAUUCAUAUUUUCCCUGAUCACUCUAACCAGGCUGAAAUAAAGCUAGUGGGAACAAUUUAAGAGGAUGAAGGGAGCCCCCCUCCAAUUCAUCAGAAUUUGGAGAUGCAUACUUCCAUAUUUGCUAUCAUUCCUCCUCCUCCUUCUCCACAAGUGCCUGCAUCAGUUAUGCAUGUUCCUUUAGACUGCAAUAAUACACACACUUAUGUGGGAGUAAGCCCCAUUGAGCUCAAAGGGGUUUAGUUCUGAGUAGACGCAUAUAGGAUUGCAUCACACAGCAUUUAUUUCUGCCCUUACUGAAGCAACUAUUGCAUAAUCCAACAUCACUUUCUCCAUCUCAGUUUUAGCAGAACACUGUGCUGCAUCUGAUGUGCCCGCCCUUAUCACAUCUGUGGAUACUGUUAUACUUUGAUUGUCAUGGUUGUAUUGCGAAUACUGAUUUUAAAUAAAUAAAUCUUAACUGAUUUAAAAGUCACUAAUAUACAUGUAUUAGAAAGGCAUAGCUUUCUUAUACAAAUAAACAAAAACUUCACUCCAACAUAGCAAUA